AGACGUGGGGAGGGGGGCCAGGGAGGGGCUCCGUCCGCGGCCGGCCUGCGCGGACUGCGCCUGCGCGAGCCGAGGGCGGCGGCUUGGGCUGCUGGUAGGCGCCGUCCGCCUCUCCGCACCCGCGGUGUGGACGCAGAACUCAGCGGAGAAAGGCGGCCGAGAAAUGGAGGGGAAAAUGAAGUAUUAAAAGUGGCAGCGAUGCGGCAGAUCCUAAGAGAACCAUGGCAACAUCAGGUGACUGCCCCCGAGGUGAACUGCAGGAGGGAGAAGAUCAUGUGGAGUGUGGUGACCAGGAGCAUCUCCAGGAGGGUGUGCACCCGGAAGAGUUUGUGGCCAUUGCAGACUAUUCUGCCACUGACCAGACGCAGCUCAGCUUUUUGAGAGGAGAAAAAAUUCUCAUCCUGAGACAGACAACUGCUGAUUGGUGGUGGGGCGAGCGAGCAGGCUGCUGUGGGUACAUACCUGCGAACCACCUUGGGAAGCACCUGGAGGAGUGUGACCCUGAAGACACAUGGCAGGAUGAAGAGUACUUCGGCAGCUACGGAACCCUGAAACUUCACUUGGAAAUGUUGGCAGACCAGCCACGAACCACUAAAUACCACAACGUUAUCCUGCAGAAUAAAGAAUCCCUGAAAGAUAAAGUGAUUCUGGACGUUGGCUGUGGAACUGGGAUUAUCAGCCUCUUUUGUGCACAUUAUGCACAGCCCAAAGCCGUGUAUGCGGUGGAGGCCAGCGAGAUGGCCCAGCACACAGGGCAGCUGGUCAUGCAGAAUGGCUUUGCCGACAUCAUCACCGUGUUCCAGCAGAAGGUGGAGGAUGUGGUGCUGCCGGAGAAGGUGGACGUGCUGGUAUCCGAGUGGAUGGGGACCUGCCUGCUGUUUGAGUUCAUGAUUGAGUCGAUCCUGUACGCCCGGGAUGUGUGGCUGAAGGAGGAUGGGGUCAUCUGGCCGACCACGGCCGCGCUGCACCUGGUGCCCUGCAGCGCAGACAGAGACUACCGCAGCAAGGUGCUCUUCUGGGACAAUGCCUACGAGUUCAACCUCAGCGCCCUCAAAUCUUUAGCAAUUAAGGAGUUUUUUUCGAAGCCCAAGUAUAACCACAUUUUGAAACCAGAAGACUGUCUCUCUGAACCAUGCACCAUAUUACAGCUGGACAUGAGAACCGUGCAGAUUGCUGACCUAGAGACAAUGAAAGGUGAGCUGCACUUUGAGAUCAGGAAAGCCGGCACUCUGCAUGGAUUCACAGCCUGGUUCAGUGUCCGGUUUCAGAGCCUGGAGGAGGAUGAGCCCCAGCUGGUGCUGAGCACGGGCCCAUUGCACCCCACCACCCACUGGAAGCAGGUGCUGUUCAUGAUGGACGAGCCUGUCUCCGUCCUCACGGGAGAUGUGGUCACAGGCUCGGUUGUGUUGCAGAGAAACCCCGUGUGGAGGAGGCACAUGUCUGUGGCGCUGAGCUGGUCCGUCACUUCCACACAAGACCCCACAUCGCAGAAAGGUGGAGAAAAAGUCUUUCCCAUCUGGAGAUGACAGUUGAAGUUCUGUGGGAAGCAGUGUGCAGACACUGCGGGAAUGAACCCGCGCGAACGAAGACGCACUGGGACGGGGGCCCACGUUCUCGCUGCCCGCGUCUGUGGGCUCGGGCCCGUGGUCAGGGUUGUCCACCGACGGCUGCGCUGUGCUGGGCGGGAGCCCCCCACCGCCGUCACUGCCUGUGUCCGUCCUCUAGAAGUAGACUGUGUCUCCAGGUGUCCACAGUGCUGGCUUGUGGGUGAGUCGGUGGCACAGUGUCCCUAGCUAGGUCUAGUUCUAAACUCGUAGGACACACACGCAUCAACCUCGUACUCCUGUGAAAGUGGCUGUUCACGCAUCAUGUGUCAUGGUGUCCUUUGCUGCCCUGGUUCCUCCUGCACCGUGCGGAGUGUGGGGUCCCAGCAAGCCGUGCGGGACCUGCAGCUGGAAACGCAUGUGACGGGACUCUGCAUGUAGUACAGUUGUAGAGAUGUCUUCCAGAUAAAUUAUGUGUCGGCACAUAGCACAUGCCCAAUAAAUAUUUUUAAAUAAAUGAAU